AUGGACAGUAGAACUGGGUCGCCCACAAGCAAUACCGAUCAUGAAACUCCCGCAGACCAAGAAGAGACCGUUGAGAGAUCCUCAAUACGUGAUAUAUCUGGCAAUGAGAGUCAAAAUAAUGAGCGUACUGACGGGUCAUCCGCUGUGAACUCAGUCCAUGGGCGCGCGGAGUCGCUUGGGGCGAUCAGUCCGACUGGACCGGAGUCGGGCGACGAGGCGACCACGAGCGAUGAAGAGGUCGCAAGUCUCGGCGUAUCUCAAUCCCGCGAACAGAAUACUGAUGAUGGUAAUGGUGAUGGCUCGGCCGGAGAUCGUCUAUCCGAAAAUUCAGACGAAGGUGAAGCAUAUAGGCACGAGCUGGAUGACGAUAUAAUGGAAGCUAUUAUAGGAGCUGCGGCUGAAACUGGGAAUGAUGCGAAUUCCGAUCAGUAUACGGUUUCCAGCGGCUACCCCAGCGGCUACCUGACCGAGCUAUCUGAAUCCAGCAGCGACGAUGGCCGACAUGGAGAUGCCAAUCCGGGCACGGCAAGCAGGACAACCAAUGUUGUUCAGCUUUUGGAGCACCCACCCAGCGGAGAUCUCUGGGAAGCUAUAUCUGAUCACCAGAUCGAGCGAGUGGAAGAGCUUCUAGCUGGUGAUCCGGAGUUAUCGAAUUCAAAAGCGUUGGUUGAACAUGAUGACGAGGGGCAAGAACCCUUUGUAACGCCGCUAUAUUUGGCCGUGGUCUACCGUCAACCUCGCAUCGUGGAGGCACUCUUGAAAUAUGGGGCGGAUGUCGAUGCAUUUUCCACUCAUAUAGCUGGUGGGAUAAGUGCGCUGCACUCCGCAGCCAUCAUGGCCGACUACACUAGUGUGAGGCUGCUGCUUUCCCAGGGCGCAACCAUUGAUAUUCAACGGGCUAGCGGAAUCACACCACUCCACGACGCAAUCACGCGGCAAAAGGUCGACAUAGUGCAGUGCCUCCUGGAGGAAGGGGCGGAUCCUACCUUGCGAGACAAUGAGCUGAACUCGGCCUUCCACCUUGCUGCGCAGUUCGACUCUGUGGAGAUCUUGGAUCUCUUGUGGGCAGCGACAGCUGACCCUGAGACUCAGAUAGCAGAGGUGAACGCAUUACGCAGCACGCUGCUGCAUAUCGCGAGUGGCAAUAAUUGCUCAAACGUGGUGAAGUGGCUGCUGGAUAAAGGGGCAGAUCCUAGCUUGCGCGACGGAGCGCAGAACUCAGCUUUCCACCUCGCUGCGCAGUUUGACUCUGUAAAGAUCUUGGAUCUUUUGUGGGCAGCGACAGCUGACCCCGAGACGCAAAUAACAGAGAAGAACGCAUCGGACAACGCGCCGCUGCAUACCGCGAGUGCGAAUGACUGCCCCGAGGUAGUGAGAUGGCUGCUCGAUAGAGGCGCAAACGUUGAUCAGGUGGGCGAAUAUCAACGCACGCCAUUGCACAUGGCCAGUAUAGAAGGAAACGACGGCAUCGUCUUGAUCUUACUAAAGAACAGAGCGCAGAUAGACCCACUAGACUCUGACUCUCAGACUCCUCUACUGCUUGCAUGUGCGAAUCUGCAGGGCGAAGUGAUGAAGACUCUGUUCUACCACUGCGCCUCGACUACAACAGUCGACUCUAGUGGACGAGGCUGCCUCCACCAUGUGGUUCAGGGCCACGACCAGCUUGGUGAAGGGUCUAAAUCAUUCCCGGAGUACCUUGAGUACCUUGCCGGGAGGGGUGCUGUUGUUGACCAAGAAGACCACCAUGGAUCCACCCCGUUGAUGGAUGCAUGCCAGGGCCAGAACCCGGAGUUGAUCCAGACCCUGCUCGACCUUGGCGCUGAUAUCAACCGGAAAGGCCAUAUGGGAUGGACGCCUAUAUUUUACGCAUGCAAAAAGCCGGACAAUGGGAGCCUGGAUCUUCUUCUGAGACGCGGUGCUGAUGUUACUGUAACCAUGACGGGGGAAUAUACCCCACUCCAUGCAGUGUGUAGCUGGGGGAUCAUUAGCAACGUCCGGCUUUUGCUUAAGUACAACGCCCCCGUCACUGCUCUUGAUGGUGAUGGCAACACGCCCCUUUUAAAGGCAGCAGAUAACAAGGCCGUUGACAUCAUGCUCGAGCUUAUCAAGACCCGGGAGUAUUUUCCAAACAAUCCGGUUACGGAUCCGGCGUUCAUUGAGCCCCCAAAGUCUGCUGCCAAAAUUGUCGGGGUCUUUCUCAAUAGCUUUGAUGUAGAAGCCCGUGGCUAUUCAGAACGUGAUCUGGAGUCUCUACUGCACUGGGCUGUAUCGCACGGCCGCUUCGAGCUGAUCCAAAAGUGCCUUAGAUACAGACGUAAAGCAUUGUUCUGGAGAACUGGGGGAGAAGCCACAUGGCUCCAUGUAGCAGCUCAAUACGGACACAGCGGCAUUAUCAAUAACCUUUUCAGUAAGAUUGAUGCCGCCAAAGAAGCCAGUGGGGGGAUUACUGCGUUGAACGUUGCAACUGCACAUGGCCACCUCGACACAGCUCGGGCGUUGCUGGAGAUCAUAGCGAGAGACUCUCCCAAUGCAGACGAAGCCAGUUGCGCAAAGGCUAGAGCAAUCAUUCACUGGAAUGGUCGAAGAGAAUCGCCUCUUACACUAUCCAUCAGUCGAAAGCACAAGGACUUAGAGAAGCUGUUCUUUUCCGAGCUGAAGGCCCUAGGUGAAGUGAGCGGCACUACCCUUGACUCAAUCAAAGAAAGCGAGCUCCUCGAAAUACUCGCCGAGUGGGAAAAGCCGGGGCGCGAGUCUCUGCUUAAGCAUUUGCUCCAGCACUGGCUACCUGCCCCGUCAAAUACAGAUGUCAGAUACUGGUCGGCUCUUCACUGGGCCGUUCACGGAUCUGCGGCCGUGGUGGUCUGGUGGCUUCUAUCGAAGGGGGGAUACAGAUCGGGCGAUGCGAUCAGAGACUGCCAAAAGGAUCCUCUGGUGAAAGCAGACGCAAUCGGGCAGAUCAUUCAGAAUCUCCUACGGAAUCCACCGCCGCAGAUGUAUGAGAUUGCGAAUCCGGUUGAUGACGAGCGGCCCUUUCCCCCGAGACCGAUGGACUGGGAGAAUCAACGACCUGAUCUCCAUGGGUUCGUCAUGACUGUGUACUCUCAAAAUGGAAAAACCGUCGUGCCAUACACGAGAGAUACUCUCCACGGCAUCAUUUACAGCCAAGGGCCGACUGCUCUCUCAAGGCGCGUGGAAAUGCUCGAACAAAGAGACUUGAAUAUCUUGAAGAAGAAGCUGGGAAAUGUUUUGAGCGACGACCAAAGUCUUCCUAAUAUCUGGAAUCAAUCUCGAACUCCGUCUGGCGGAGUCAGAAGCACUAUCACCCAUCGCCGGCUGCGGCAUGACUUUAGUGGCUCCUCGGAGAACCUGAAGCUCCGUUGGAUUCAUCUGCCUGUGAAUGAAUUGCAGUUAACCAAGGACCUCGUAACGAGACUGUCGCACGACUCUGGCCGAUCGGAGAUGGACCAUAGGAACUUUAUGAAGUUCUUCAACAGAAGCUGGACUGAGCUCGCGGCAGGCGCAAGGCAACAUUAUAUGAAGCCGCUGUGUCUGCGCGCGCAAAUAGAUGAGCGCGGUAAAUUCAGAACUUGCACCGCUGUCUAUAUGCCGUAUCUGACACUGGGUGAAUACGACCCAAAGAAUCCCAAGAAGAGAACUCUUUCCGGACUAAAGGAAAGUGGAGAUGACAACUUGAUCAGCAGAAGAGAUUCCAGACACAUCGCUCAUGUCCCGCUGACUCUCGACCAAUAUUACUACCCUGGGAUCUCUGACACCAGCUACCGAGACAAGACCCAGGUCUUCUCAAAGUACCUUGAGGAGCACCAUGAGAAAGUAGUGUCAUCAACGAGCAGGUCAAAGAAGAAACAGAUAUUGAUGGUCGACCAGCUGUGGAUUUGGAUCAUAGAUGAUCAGUCAGUCAUUACAAGCACGUCCCAAAGACAGGAGGAGUCAUCGACCGUGUCGUCACAAGAUGCGAGGGAUUCAUCAAUGAGCACUCUGCUACAGCAUGUCCUCAAUGACAUCGCGUACGGUGAGACCAGAGGUCGCUCCGAGCGACCCACGUCAGUGAAUGAAGUCAUGCAGUUGGCUCUCGGGGCGGCUACUGGAUUCUUCAUAGAAAAGUGUGUACAACUUGCAGACGGCACUUUCAAAGGACCUUUGGAGGUUUUCCGGGAGUCGAUUCGUGAUGUGGCCAACAGAGAAACAGAGCUCUUCCAGAACUUCCUGAAGGAUCUCAAGCAGGAAAUUGAGAAACGUAAGGCGCGCACCGAGCGCAUUUCCUCGAGGAGCGGUCGGCCGUCGAUCAGAGAACUGCCCAACAACCCGCAUUAUAUCAUCUCGGAGGAGACAGAACUUCUCGACCAGAUCCGCGAUAUCAACGAUGAACUCCACAUGCUGCGGUCAUUGGCCGAGGAUCAGGAGAUCGUGUGGAAGCAAGCAUUCGCUGACAUGGAGACGCAAGGUCGUUUCAGUUGCACUCCUACUGAGAUUGCUCGAGAUCUGGAUGGAAUGAUUCUAGAAGCAGAGAUGACUCGUGACUCGAUCGAUACGCUGCUCGACCUGCGCCAGAAACAAGCGAGCCUUGCGGAGACCGAGGCCGGUCGACUACAAGCGAACGACACAGCGCGCCAGUCGAACAACAUCUACGUCUUUACUCUAGUGACCAUCUUCUUCCUCCCUCUUUCCUGGCUGACCUCCCUGUUUGCGCUGAACAUCGCCAGCUUUCCACACAACGGCGGAACGAUCGAGUACCAGCCUCAAUGGCUGUUUCCUAUCCUCUGUGGGGACUUGCCUCCCAAUCUCAAAAAGACCCGUGCUAACAUAGUACAUGAAAGUCGGUGUGACGAGCGUGUUUUUCAGUAUAGCCAUUUUCGCCCCGUUGAGGGUUGA